UUUCUUACUGGACAAAUAACGAAUUAAAAGUUUUUUAUUUAUUAUUCAUUAAUCAAAAUUUAUAUUUAGAUAAGACUUUUGCCAAUCUCUGGCCUUGAAUUUUCGAGAUGGAUCGAAACUUGGAACACUAAUUGUUAAUUGUUUGUAAUUGUUUGUAUAUUUAUACGCAUAAUGGUAUCGCCCGCAAGGAUUAUUGAUUUUUAAACAGCCCGCAUCGGAAGUUGAAUUUACCAAAUUUUAAUUACAUACUUUUAUCUCCGAUACGAUGCCUAUAGAUUACAAAAAUUAUGAUAGACAAAUAGACAUUACGAUUUUUUUUAUUACGAAGAGUAUUUUGACUUGUCGCGUGAUAUUAAGCUUUAUUGGGUUUACAGUAACCAAUCUCGUAUACAAUUAUAACGAUUGGCACGUAAAUGUUGAGAUAUUAAUUGGCACUCACUUUUUUGUUUCAUUUCUUUCUCUCUGUGUUAUUUAUCGAGAAAAGCUCUUUGGUUCGAUUUUAUGCAAAACAUAACCAUUUUUAAGUUAGGACGAAUUAAACGUGACAAUUUCAUAGUGCAAAAUAACAAUAAUAUACAAAUGGUAGGAUGUACCAAAAAUUAUAAUCCAAAGAAUAUCAUUUUCAUUUGCUGUGCAUAUUUUACAUAUACGUACAUUCUAGAAUAGAAUGGUAUAGAAAACAAAGAGAGAAGAAAUAGAUGUUUUCGCACGAUUGGUUAUGAAUGACUUUCAAUUUUCAAGUGACUUUUCCAUAUAUCUACAUUGUACGUGUAAACAAAUAACAAAAGUGACAGUGAUUAACCUAUAUUGAUUGAUAUUUUGAAAUUACAACUUUCCGAUUAAUUGUGAAUGACAUGAUAUCUCAUGACGAAACAAAGGUCGAAAUAGUACCGAUAAAUGGAGGACGAAUUGAAGGAAAAGAGGAAACUGUUAUAUUUAUUGAACAGUUUGUAAAAGAUGUAUGCGACUUCAGUUCCCAGUAUGGAAGUAAUAUCAGUAUUUCUUAUACUGCCUACAAUAUUGCUGGGAAUCCCAGUAAAUUUCCGGACUAUGGAGAUUUUCCACAAGCUUUUGUUAUGAGAACAUAUGGACAAUGGUGGAACAAAGCACCUUCAAGACUGAUAGACUAUAUGCCACAAAAUAAUGAAGAUAUUAUAAGCCAGGAUUAUAUAGAUUUAGAAUAUUAUCAAGAAGUUUAUCCAAUUAGAGUAUCAAUAUAUGAAACUUAUAAUCCUGGAAGCGUAGUUGGUAUUUGGGCACAAAAUUCUGAGGGAAAAUGGUUUCAAUUAUGGAGUGGAUUUCCUCAGAUUGUACCACAUAAGCCAAGGAUAUUUUCACCACGUUUGCAGCUAUGUAAUUUUAAAACGAAAAUGAUAAGACUGGAAUUUAAUCAUAACUUAUUAGACUAUUAUACAGAGUUAGAUGCUGUGUUGUUCAUUGGAACAUCUAAAUUGAUUGUGCCUAACAAUAAUUUACAUAAUCAAAAUUUAAAUGAUCUUUCACAACAAUUGGGCUACCUUGAACAUAGUAGUGAUGAUAUUUACAAUCUAACACCGGAUUAUUUGAAGGCAAAUCAGGACUUGAUAAUUCUUAAGAAGACACUUCCUAAGCACUGUAAAGUUUUUAAGAGCAAGAUAAUAGAUGAUAUUUCCAAAGGCAAGUUAAUAUCUAAAAUAGGUCAACACUAUCAGUCAGUUCCUCCCAUAGAAGAAGCAUUCAAUAGUUUACAACAAUUUUUACAAGAAGACUUUCCAAAACUUAUCAGGGAUAUUCAUUAUUCAACAUCAAAUGCAUUAAGUGAAGUGAAUAACUCUCCCGAGGAUAGGACUUUAAUAUCUUCAACUGAUUCUGAAAAUCAACCAUGUGGCAGUUUUUCUGCACUACCAGAUGAAACAGUGCUAAAAAUUUUAAAAUAUUUAGAUUUAAGAUCGUUAUGUAGUUUAUGCACAGUAAACAGACAUUUUAAUAAUAUUGCAAGAGAUGCUUUGUUGUAUACAAGUCUUAAUUUAAAACCUUAUUGGUACUGUUUGGACACAUCAGCAUUAAAUUGUUUAGCACCUAGGUGUCAAUAUUUACAACGAUUAGAUCUUUCAUGGUGUGGAAAUUAUAAUAUGAUUAAACAUCAAGAUUUUAUAUAUUUUAUUUGCACAUCUGGAUCUCUUUUGACACAUUUAAGAUUAAAUUGUUGUCAGUUUGUUAACGAUGUGAUUAUCCUUGAGAUUUCAAAAGUUUGUAAGAAAUUAAAAGAAUUGUGUUUACGCAACUGUCUGGGAGUAACGAAUGAAGGGUUUUCAAAACUUAAAAAUUUGGAAUUGCUAGAGCGCUUAGAACUUUACAGAACAAAUAUUGAAACUGCUACAUUAUGUUCUAUAUUAAAGACAAACCCUAAAAUGCGGCAUUUGAAUUUAGCAGGAAUGCAUGAUCGUUUAAAUAUAGACGAGGUAGCAAUCAAAUUAGGAAAUUCUUGUCCAUAUUUAGAAAGUGUAGAUUUUUGGAAAGCUCAAACAUUAACUCCACAUGGAGUUAGAGCCUUGUCCCGUUGUACUAAUCUUCGAGAAGUGGAUUUUGGAUGGUGUGGUGGACUGGGUGCUCCUGGCAAUUCCUUAAGAGCAUUACUAUCUUCCUGUCGAUACCUGGAGAAAGUAUUUUUAGCAGCUCUUAGAGGGUUAACAGAUUAUGACUUGGAACCUCUUUUAUAUUGUCCACGAUUGCAACAAUUGGAUUUAAUGGGGGCUCGUUCUCUUACUCCUGCUAUAUAUUACGGAUGUCUAUUAUUUUGCCCAAAGUUAGAAAUGAUUGACCUUAGUUUUUGUGAAGGUAUUAGUGAUUUUAUACAAGGGUGGCGUCAACAGUAUCCGCAUGUCUCUAUUAAAAGAAGUUGUCAAGUAAUCAGCUCUGAUAUGCUAUGAGCAUAAUUUCAGAGUAUUUAUUACAUUAAGUUCUAUUAUUAUCGAUGGCAUUAACGUUUGAGUACCGAUCAAUUUCUGUAGUACUAUCAUUAAAAUAGUUCUUGGCUAUUACGAUAUUGUGAGACUGGAAUGAAAUUACAUACAGUUACAGCAAGUCUUCGAUUUACAUAGCUAAUUACUUUCGAAACUUUCCGCUCAAAUCGAAUUAUAUAAAUUCAAUUAUUGGACUAAGAUGACUAAAGAGAAGCGAACGAGUCAAGUGAUUUUUUUAACUUUAAUUAAUUAAAGUUAAAGAAUGCUUCUUUAUCAAAUAUAUAUGAGAACAUGAAUACUGUGUAUUUGCGAAUCCGCGUAAAUCAAGGGCUUGCUGUAUGUGUAAAACAUAGGUGAUAUAAUGACAUAUAUAUUUGUACUCUUAUUUUAUUUAAAAAAGGUAAAUAAUAUAUUUUUGAAUUUGCAAUUUGAUAGUACUUGUAUGUUACUUAUGUAAUAAAUGUAUUGUAUAGUAGAUCAUAAGAAACUUUUUAUACAUGUAAAUAUAUUUUCAUUAAAAAAAGAUAUUGAAAUAUACAGAUUAAAUUAAUUGUACUUUAUUAAAUAGUAAAAUAAACUAUAGGACAUUAGCAACAUUUCAUGCAGCAUCAACAUUUGGAUCUUUCAUCAAAGAAUCGCAAAAGUGGUUUUAACACAGUAAAUGGUUUCUGUAUUUGAUAACGUUCCAUCUUUGUGUAAAAGAGAAUAUAUACGAAACAACUAAAGCUCGUAGACGACUUGGACAUGUGAGCUUCAAGUUCAUUUUAUGGAACCUUAGUUACAGAAAGCAUUA